AAGUUUUUAUUCUAUGGCCAUCGUGCGCCGCGCUUAUAGUCCUUUCUCUGCUGAAAUUCUAAACGCAUUUUGUACGUUUUUUUCAUUAAAAAAAAGUUAUUUAUGAUUCCACACAAUGUCAAAUAGUAAUCACAGUGAUUCACAAGCAAGUGAGGAAGAGGAAGGCGAAAUAAGAGAACCCAAGGAGACAAAAAAGGUUUCGGAGAGUGAAGAAGAAGAUCUCGUACUUCGAUUUGGAGAAGAAAGCAAUGAAUCAGUUGAGCAUAAGAAACGUAAAAGAAGUAUUGACGAUAUUUCUUACAAUAAAGAUAAAAACUAUUUGAAUGUUGUGAUAAAAAAAGAAAAAGAAGACGAACACCAGCAGGAUGUGAAAUUAGAUAAAGAAAAAGACCAUCUGAAAGCUGUCGAAGCGGACUUACAGUUUAAAAUGGCAAAUAAACGUGUAAAAUAUGAAUUUGCAAAUAGUGGACAAUUUGAACCCAUUACAGAAAUUGUACCACCUGUUGAAAUUAAAAUUGAAAUAUCAGACGAUGAAGAUUAUCAAGAACCGGAAACGACAAAGGAGGACACAACUGUCGAUAAUGUACCAGAAGAAGAGGAUGAUGAUGAGGAAGAAGAAGAAGAAGAAGAGGAGGAAAUAAGUCCAUUUCACCAUGAAAAAAAUAUGAAGAAAAACGUAUUUUCCACCGAAGCCUUAAUGAAAGUUCAAGACAUAUUUGGUAUUAAUUUUGACAAUGAAAUUUUUGGAAAAUACGGCAAGGAAGAAUACGAUGAAGAAGAAAGUGAUAUUAAUUUAGGAAAUUGUAAAAAUGGUGAAAAAACAAAAAGUACAAAAAAACAAACAAAGAAAAAAUCACCAAAAAAAAUUAUUUACGAUAUUUACGAGCCCAAUCAACUAAGACGUGUUUAUUCUGUAAAUCUUGAUAAAGAGAUUUGUGCAACUGAUAUUCCGGAACGAAUGCAACUUCGUUUAACGCCAGUAACACCAACGGAUGUUGAAUCAAAUGAAUUGGAUCUCGAAUCAAAAUGGAUAUAUGAACAAGCAUUUUACAAAGAAUUAGUAUCAAUUCAAAACAACUUAACAGAAGAAGAGGAGGAGAGAUUAAAAAUUAAAAUACAUAAUAGGCAUCACACAAUUGUAAAAAUACGAAAUGUCCUUCAUUUCAUACGUAAUCAACAAUUUGAAGUUCCUUUUAUUGCAACAUAUAGAAAAGAAUUUAUUUAUCCAGAAUUGGAUGUUAAUGAUUUAUGGAAAAUUUAUAAAUUCGAUGCAAAAUGGUGUCAAUUACAACAGAGGAAAAAACAUUUAUUGAAACUUUUUGAAAAUAUGCUACAAUAUCAAUUAAGUGAAGUUACAAAAUUUAAAGGACUAUCACCACCAGAAAGUAUGAAAAUAGUGAAAAUUGCCGAUAUUGAAAAAUUAAAAAUAAUCGAUGAUAGUGAAGAAAUUCACGAUAUGUAUCGUUAUUUUAAAUUACAUUAUAGUCAUGAAAUUCCAGCAAUGAAACGUUUUAUUCGUCAAAAAGAAUAUGAGGCAUUAAAAUUGAAAUUACAAAAAAAAGGAGCUAAGGGAAAUGAUGAUAUUAAUUUAUCAGAAAUUGAUACAACUAAACCAAUUGAAAUUGAACGUAAUGAUCCAUAUUUUAUUUGUAAAAAAGCUGGACUUGAUUCAUUUGUAAAAAAAUUUGGUAUAACAUCAGAACAUUUUGCUGAAAAUUUACGUGACAGUUAUCAACGUUAUGAAGUUGAACAAGAACUUUAUGAUCCAAUAACAACGGCAAGUCGAUUUUGUGGGAAAAAAAUUUCGGCACCAGAAAAAAUUCUUAAAUCAGCACAAUUUAUGUUUGCAUUGCAAUUGGCGUGCGAGCCACUUGUACGUAAAACAUUGCGUAAUCUUUAUAUGAAAAAAGCAAAAUUAACUGUGCGUGCAACUAAAAAAGGAAUACGUGAAAUCGAUGAAAAUCAUCCAAUUUAUACAAUGAAAUAUUUAAAAAAUAAACCAGUUAAAGAUUUGGUGGGUGAUCAAUUUUUAAAAUUGGUAGUUGCCGAGCAAGAUGAUUUAAUAACAAUAACAUUCAGCGAUAUAAUUGAGGGUGUUGCAUCCAAUAAUUAUAUUGAUGAGAUUAAACAAUUUUUGACGAAGCAGGAGAAUAAUCAAACUGUACUUGCUUGGAAUGCAUUGAGAAUUAGUAGUAUGGAAAUGGCCCUAACAACAAUGGUAAUAAUUGACUUGAAAAAAGAGUUGCGAGCAAAUUUACUAUUUGAAGCUAAGGACUGCGUGAUGCGUGAGUGUUGUCAAAAACUUCAAAAUUGGCUAAAAGUUGCGCCUUAUACAAGCAAUAUAUUUUGUGAUGACGAAGAAGAUUGGAGUUUAUUGAAAGGUAUACGGGUGAUGGGUUUAUCAUUUCCACAAGAUGAAACACAAAUUUCUUACGCAUGUAUUGUUGCGCAAGAUGGUGAUUGUACGGAUUUUUUGAAAUUACCACAUUUAUUGAAACGACGAAACAGUACAAAAGAGAGUGAUCGAUUAAUGAAAGAAACGGAAUUACUUUCAAUUCGUAAUUUUAUAGCAACAAAAAAGCCACAUGUCAUUGCUAUUGCUGGUGAAUCACGUGAUGCAUUAAUGAUACAAUUUGAAAUUAAUGAAAUAAUUAUGAAAUUGCGCAAUGAAGAAAAUUUUCCAGCAAUUAAAGUUGAAAUUUGUGAUAAUGAUUUGACAAAAAUUUAUGCUAAUGGCAAUCGUGCCAUAUCAGAAUUUCGUGAUUAUUCAUCGCAAUUAAAACAGGCAAUAUCAAUUGCACGUCGUUUACAGGAUCCACUUAUUGAAUUUUCACAAUUAUGUAAUACAGAUGACGAGAUAUUGAGCUUAAAAUAUCAUUCACUUCAAGAUCAAUUGCCACAGGAUGAAUUAUUGGAAAAUAUUCAUACGGAAUUUAUAAAUGUCAUUAAUCAAAUUGGUGUUAAUGUUAAUAUGGUGGCGCAAAAAUAUUAUGCUGAAAAUUUAUUGCAAUUUGUUUGUGGCUUGGGACCAAGGAAGGCUCAAGCAUUAAUAAAAAUUGUACGCAAACAAACUGAUCAAAAAUUAGAAAAUCGUGCACAAUUAGUGACAAUUUGUAAUUUAGAACCAAAGGUAUUUAUUAAUUGUGCUGGUUUUAUUAAAAUUGAUGCUGACAAUUCAAUUGACAAUAAAGGCGCUUACGUUGAAGUAUUAGAUGGUUCAAGAAUACAUCCGGAAAGUUAUGAAUGGGCUAGAAAAAUAGCAGUCGAUGCUUUAGAAUUGGAAGAGGAUCCUAAUAAAGCGAUAAUAAAAAUUUUACAAACACCUGAAAAAUUAAAAGAUCUUGAUCUUGAUUCAUUUAUUGAUUUAUUACAGAGACAAGGAUAUGGGGAUAAAAAAAUGACAAUGUAUGAUAUUUGCGCGGAAUUAAGUUGUAUGUAUCGUGAUUUGAGAAGAAAUUAUGUAUCGCCUAAUGCGGAACAACUUUUUUAUAUGUUAACAAAAGAAACGCCUGAGACGUUGCACGUGGGAAGAUUGAUAGUUGCUAAAGUAUUGGGUAUAAGUCAUAAGAAACCUCAAGGUGAACAAAUGGAAAAUAUGCGACCAGUGAGAAAUGAUGAAACUGGUUUUUGGCAGUGUCCCUUUUGUUUUAAAAAUGAUUUUCUCGAAUUAUCUGAGGUAUGGACGCAUUUUGAUACAACUUGUCCGGGACGUGCGACAGGUGUUAAAAUUCGAUUAGAAAAUGGACUCACUGGUUAUAUUCAUAUUAAAAAUCUCUCGGAUAAAACGGUAACAAAUCCACGUGAACGAGUGUGUGCAAAUCAACCAAUUCAUUGUCGUAUUAUGAGAAUUGAUGUGGAAAAAUUUGGAAUUGAAUGUACAAGUAGAAGUAAAGAUCUUGCUGAUAAAGAUAAUGAAUGGAAAGCACCGAAGGAUCCAUUUUACGACAUGGAAGGCGAGGAGAAAGAAAAAAAGCUCGAGGAAGAAGUGAGAAAAUCAAAAUUACGACAAGCAUAUAUAAAACGAAUUAUUGGUCAUCCAUUUUUUAAGAAUAUUGAUUUUGCCGAUGCCGAACGUUUAAUGAGUGACAAAAAUCCAGGUGAAAUAAUAAUAAGACCAAGUAGCAAAGGUCCAAAUCAUUUAACAAUAACAUGGAAAAUGGCUGAUGAAGUUAUUCAACAUAUUGAUGUAAUUGAAGAAGGUAAAGCAAAUGAUUUUUUAACAGGCGCAAAAUUACGCAUUGGCAGCGAUGAAUUUGAAGAUCUUGAUGAUAUUUUUGUGAGACACAUUAAUCCAAUGAUUGGUUUUGUCAAUGAAAUUUUAAGUUUCAAAUAUUAUAAGCCACGUGUCGGUGGCAAUAAGGAUAGAGCCGAUGAAGUUUUAAAAAUGCAAAAAAGAGAAAAUCCUAAUGGCAUACCAUAUAUUAUUUCAGCAGCACGACAAUAUCCAGGCAAUUUUUUACUCUCAUAUUUACCGCGCAAUCAAUGUAGACACGAAUAUUUUUCCAUUAUACCUGAGGGUAUGAAAUUUCGCACCGAAAUAUUUGUACGAUUAAACGAUUUACUUCGUUGGUUUAAAGAAAAUUUUAAAGAACCAGUACCAACAAAUCCACCAAUUCCAUCACGUGGAACACCACCACCAAGAACACCAUAUCAAUCUACAUCAACUGGAAUUCGUAAUGAUGAAUUUCCACAAGAAAUACCAAUGUCACAUCGUCCAUACGCUAAUCAAUCAAUGUAUCCGAAUAAUCAAAUUUAUCCACCUAAUCGUUCUGAUUAUCAUUCGGACUAUUCAAAACGUCCAGAAUAUAUAAAUAGACCGGAAUAUCCACGAAUGGAUUAUCCACAAAAUCGAUCCGAAUAUCCACCUAGUCGCGCGGAUUAUCCACCAAAUCGUGUCGAAUAUCCACCAAAUUCAGAUUAUCACUUACCACCAUCGGAUUAUUCAAUGAAAUCGAAUUAUCGUUCCAAUUCAGAUUAUCCAUCUAGAUCUGAUUAUCCACCAAUUCGUUCCGAUUAUGGAUCACCUCAUUCGGAUUAUCCACAUUCGGAUUAUCCACCAUCUCGUUCGGAUUAUCCUCCAUCUCGCGCCGAUUAUCCACCUAGGCCAGAUUAUACACCUCCUCGUUUAGAUUAUCCACCUCGUGCUGAUUAUCCACCUUCACGUUCAGAUUAUCCUCCUCCUUCUCGCGUUGAUUAUCCAUCUUCACGUUCAGAUUAUCUUCCUCCACGUGUUGAUUAUCCACCAAAAUCAAAUUAUCCAUCAAAUCAAAGUAGUAAUACAAAUAAAACACAUUAUCAAUCUAAAACAUCAUAUCCACAAAAACAAAUUUAUGAGUCUAAUGAAAUUUCAUAUCCAUCUCAAGAGAAGAAUAAAAUUUCCGAAUACAAUGGCAAGGGUUUAUUAUCACGAAAUUCAGAAUCACCACCAACUGAAAAGACGUCGUUGACAAAAAUUGUUCCUCCCGCUGCUAAUUCUUCUGUUAGUUCACCUAUAUUACCAAUAAUUUCACCUCUUGUUCCACCACAACCAACAACAACAACAACAACAGAUGAUGUUAUUAUUAUUUCACAUAUUGACAAAAAUCAAGAGACAAUUGGUGAAAAAAAACAAUUGAAACCAACAAUAAGUGCUGCUAUACCUAAACCAAAUUUAACAUGGAGUCAACAAAUUCAAAAUAAAGUAUUUGAUGAUACUUAUUUUACGAAAACAAAAAAAAUUGUAAAACCAUAUGAUAAUGGUGUUGGACAUGGAUUAUUAAAAAAAUUAGCUAAAGGAAAAAUUCAACCAAAAAGAGGGAAAAAGAAACAAAACGAUGAAUUUGGAUCGAGGGAAUCAUCUUUAUCAAAGGAUGAUUUCUCUAGAGGUUCAUCUCGUGACAAAGAUUAUAAUCCCUUUGCAAUUGGAUCGUCAAAUGACGAUCGUCGUUAUGAUUCACCUCAUGGCGAUCGAAGUCCCUCGUAUCAAUCACGAAAUUCACGUGAAAGAAGUCCAAAAUAUGGUUCACGAUCAUCAUGGGACAGAAGUCCAACAUAUGGUUCAAAUAAUUCACGUGAACGUAAAUCAUCAUGGGACAGAAGUUCAAAUUAUGGAAGGAAUAGUCGUUCACGUAGCAGAAGUCCAUAUAAUUCACGAGAAGGACGACCAUCAUGGGAUAGAAGUCCAGAAUAUCAAAAUAAUAGUCCAUCACCUGAUAGAUCACCGCAAUUUGGUUCUGAUUAUGUGAAAAAGAAAGUUCAAAAAAAAUUACCACCACCAUUACAAAUGCCAAUACCAGAUGAUGAAAAUCCAUUUGUUAAGGGUUCAUCGCGUGAUCAAACUAAUGGUGCCUCAUCACCUACGCCAAUGCCAAAAAAAUUAUUUCCAUUUAAUCGUGGCCGUGGACGAGGUUUUAAAUCAUAUACAGCAAAUUCUCGUGGUCGAGGAGCAAAAUAUGAUAUUGUAACGCCAUGUGGAUUUCCAAUGCCAAGGAGACCUUAUAAUGGCAGUUAAUCUUCAUAAUUUCCCAAAAAAGGAUCAAUUUUUUUUUUUUUUUUUAAAUAAUCAUUCUUACGUAACGCAUGACGUUAGAAUUGAAAACAUGAAUUUGUCGAAUGGGAAAUGAAACUAUCAUACAAAAUCGACGAAAAGAAAAAUUUAAUUUAUUUUAUAAUUCUGAUAACAAUAUAUAAUGUUAAACCGAAGACGUAGGUUUAUUGAAGAAUAUUUCUGAUGCCAUUGUUGAUGGAAUUAUGUUUACUUUUGUGAUAGUAGUCCACCACGUAAGUGUGAAUUUUUACAUUUUUUUUUCUUUUAUAUAUAAGAAGAAAUUUUACUUUAUUACAACUGAUUUAUAUUAAUCUGCAUGUACUUCGUCAAGUAGAUUGCAAACAAAUUGUAAAAUGUAUUUUUCGAGGAAUUUCCAUAAUGGUACCACAAAUUUUUUUUUUUUUAUAUAAUUCAUUUCAUUUUUCGUAUAUCGAUUAUUGGCAUAAUAAUUUAAAAAAAAAAGAAUUCAAGCGGAUACAAGCUGAUAUUUCAGUAAUUAACUAUUUAAUUACAUUUAACAAAAUUUUGUUAUUUUGAAUUAUUAUUUUUUUUUCGAACAUUUAGACGUGAAUACAUUAAAUUUCAUUAAGGAUAUAUAAUAAAAAAUAAAUACGUCAGCUAAUCUGGAAUGACAGAUUGUAUCACGUGUCUUUAAGUCAAAAUUAAUAUAAUUAAAAUUGAUCAAAUUAAAUUUAUUAAGUUUAAAUUCAUUGAAGUAAAAUUGAGAUUAAUUACAUUAACAUUAUAGGGGAAAAAUCAGAUAAAUUGUCCUUCUUUUUUGGGCUUGUGAUUAAAAAUUUAUUUUCUUUUUGCAUAAUAUUACAAUAAUAUUUAACGUUAUAAUAACAGUAAUUUUAUUAAUUAACAAAAAUAAUUAUUAAAAUCUAACAAAAAAAAUUUUUCCCAUUUAAAACUAAAUUGUACAUUUUAAUUUUAUGACAUUCCUAAAAAUUAUUAAAAAAAACAUUAAUUAUUUUUUUUAUAUAAAAUAUUUUAAAGUGACAUUAUAUUUUUUUUUAAAUAUUUAAAUAAGUUUAAUAUUUAAUUUAUUUAAACGUGAGUAGUUUAUAAUUAUUAUUGUAAGCAUAUUUGCAAAUUAUCGUUUCGAAUUUUGAAAUUACAGAUAUAAUUACUUGAAAAUAAUUAAAAUUUAAGACAUUUACAUUUGUCUUACAAUUAGUUUAAUUAAUUCGAUUAAUCAAAAGAAAAAAAAAGAAUAAAAUUAACAAUUGAUUUAAUUUUAAAAAGAAAUUUGCUAUAAUAAGUAUUUGACAUUAGAAUGUUAAAAAUUUGAUUAGAGUGGAAUGAAAAAUUUGACGAAUUAUAUAAAAUUUGUGGUCCAGCGUGAAAUUGUUACCAUUUAUUUAUUUUUUUAUUUUUUAAUUACACGUAAUUUUCUCAUUUAUGUGAGAUGUGAGUAAAAACAUUGCUGCAAGUUAAAAACCUACGUAAAAGAGGCAUUGUAUGUAUAUAAUGAACAUUUGUUUGUAAAUAUUUAGCACUUCAAUCCGAAAUUGCUCGAAUAAUUUUGAUAGAAAAGACACUUAUUUUCAUUUUUUUUUUUACUUAUUAAAAAUAGACUUUUUAAAGUGAAAAAAUUGAACAACGUAAAAUUUUGAAUCCAAAAAAAAAAAAACACCUCGUUACAGAGGUUUCAUUUAUUUAUUGAUUUGUUUAAAUUGACAAGUGGUCGUAAAUCAUUUAUGUAUUAAAAAUUGUUUUCUUUUUUUUAUGUGUAUUGAAUUUUUUUUUUUUUAAUUUAUUAUUGUAACACACGGAGAGAAAUCUGCUGCGAUUUUUGCUUGGAUGAGUAAAUUACUUUAAUUACAUGGCACGACACUUGCAUUUUUAGCAUAAAUUCAAGUAUUUAUUGUAAAAAUAGUUUCUAAGCAAAAAACACAAGUCACGGGUGUUAAUUUUGCAUGAAUUUCACAUAAAAACUGCAAAGGGGACAUACCAUAAAAGUAUUAGAUCCUCUCUUAUAAAAUUUGCAAGAAUACCAUCUGAUUUUCAGGUGGAAUUUAUACAACACAAACAAAUAUUUUUAAAAAAUUUUUAAAUAAAAUUAUUUUAAAUUUCGCGGUUAAAAAAACGCAUAGUAAAACACGAGCGUGCGCAUUGUGCGUUCCGUUCCUCGGAAUUACCGGCAUACAAUGAUUGUGUGUGUAAAAUGCUGUGUGUAUACGGAGGUAAGAUUGUGUUGUAUAAAUUCCACCUGAAAAUCAGAUGGCAUUCUUGCAAAUUUUAUAAGAGAGGAUCUAAUAAUUUUAUGACAUGUCCCCUUUGCAGUUUUUAUGUGAAAUUCAUGCAAAAUUAACACUCGUGACUUGUGUUUUUUGUUUGAUACACUCCAUUACAUUAAAUACAUGAAUUCAUAUUUAAAUUAUUUCAGUCUUAAGCUAAAAUUGUAUCGAAAAAUGACUUAUGAAAUUAAUAAAGACUGCACAAGCAAAAAUCGCAGCAGAUUUCUAUAUUUGAAGUUUUGGGAAAUUCAAGUGACUUUUGUUCAAUAUUAAAUAUCGAGUUUUUUAUCAUCAUUUCCGAUAUUUCUCAAAAUGACAUAAUAUCCUUUUCUCAAAAAAAAAAAAAAUAUUUUUUUUAUUACUAUGUUUAUUAUCAAUGAAGGAUAUUUUCCAAAUUUAUAUGAAUUCGUUAAAGAUUUUUAAAUAUUUGCAUAAAUGCAGUUAGGUGUUAUUUAAUUAGUUUUUUUUUUCAAAAUGUAAAUUAAUUAAUUAUUAAUUAUUAAUUAAUUUAUAAUUAAUUAGAAAAUUGUGUAACAGUAAAAUUAUUAGAAUUACAUAAUUAUUUAGAUAAUAAUUUAAAGUGUUUUAUACGCUGUGAUAAUGAGUAAAAUUAAAAAGACAAUUAAUUGAAAAUAAAAAUUCAAUAAUAUAGACGAAGGCGUGAGAAAGUUUUUUAAAAAAUAUAGGUAUUUGUGAAACAAUUUGAACAUGACCUUUUCUGAAUGCCUUGUGCGUCAAGUACAGAACAAAAACGAAUCCUCAGUCUACUCACUUGACAAUAAGAGUCAUUCGUUCCAAUCAGUACAUCCUCAUUGCAGACCAACAUGAUUCGCAUGGAACCAAUUGUUUCACGAAUUUACUAUUAUAACAAUUGUAUGCGAAGAAGAAUAAUAAUAUUAACUGAAAUUCAACCAUUAUUUAUAUAUUUUCCUUAAAAAUAUUAAUAUUCUUUAGCAAUUGAUGGAAAUAGUAAAUUAUUAAAUAUUGAAUUUAAUUUAUAUUAAUCAAGAGUCAAGAAAAUUAUUUAUUUCUUUUUUAAAUAAGUUUUUUUUUCAAAAUUCAUAACGAGAUGAAGAUCGUAAUUGAAAAAAAAAGAA